UUUCAUAUUGUGAUUACUUUAGUAUAAUACGUUACUCGCAGUAGUCCACACUCAUAUACGGAGCAACUUCUAAAAAACAAUGGCUUUCCUAGUCUUAUUAAUAGUAGCAUUGAUUUUUGGUAGUACCGUGACUACGGAAGAAGUGAAGAACUUCCGAAUGUGUCGAAAUGCAAAAUGUAGUGUAUUCAAUGUGUUUAUUGAACCGUGUCCCGAAGCUUUAGACAAUAAACCAUGUGAAGUACCGCAAGGAAUUAAUGCGUCAAUAUCAUUUCAAUAUAUAUCUAAUUUCACUACAGAGAUUCCCAUAACUAGAUUGUACGCGUCAACCUUGUUGGUGGAUUUGCCAUUUAUGGAUAUGGACACGAACGCGUGCUUAUAUACGCAAUGUCCCAUGGUGGCUCAAGUCGAACGGUCUUGGUUAUACAAUCUGUAUGUGUCGGAAAACUAUCCCAAGAGUAGUUACACGGUUAAGUUGAAGUUCUGGGACGGUGAACCCGAAGCUAAGUCCGAUGACGAAUGUUGCUUCAAAUUUGACAUGAAAAUCGUUUGAUGAAAAUAUAAAAUCCUACGCCGUUAUGGUUCAAAUACAUUUAUAUAUUAUACUAUA